GGCAGCAUUCACUAGCAACAAGUUGAGGUUAGCUCCCGUCUUGUAUUUUUUCAAAUGCCCUAAGAAAUCAUUUAAAAGAGUCUGAAUUCACAACACUGGGAAAGCAAACAGGACAACAACAGGACCACUGUGGUGGAUGUAAUCGUCACUAUGGACAAAGAGAAGUCGGCACAAUUGACGAAAAUUCAAUAUCUGGAGGAGCAGUUGGAGAGAUGGCAGCUGCAUUACGACUGGCUGCAGAAGAAGAACGUGGAGCUGACCGCCCGCUACGGCGCCCUGGAGAAGGACAAGAUGGACACCUAUCGGCGCCUGAAAGGCAAAGAGGAUGCAAAGGAGACGGAGGAGAGGGAGCUGGAUGAGCGGAUGCAGGCGGCCGAGCAGCACCGACACGACCUGAAGCUUCAGCACGGCCGCGAGAUGGAGAAGCUUCAGCGUCGUCUGGAUGACCUCCAGUCGGAGGGCGAGGCGCUGGCGAUUAAAUCCCGCCAGCAGCAGGAGCUGGUGCAGGAGAUGGUGCAACACCGGUCCGACCGGGAGACCGAGAUGGAGCUGCUGGUCGGUCACAACAAAACGCUUGAAGCGGCCAUCGACUGCUGGAAGCGCGAGGCAGAGCCGGAGAGGAGAAGGAAGAUCGCGGACAGAGAGAAAGACAUCGAGAGAUUAGCUGAGGUGAAGAUCUCAAGGAUCCUCGAGUCGGAGAGAGCGGCUCACAACAAGCAGCUGGAGAAGCUCUCCUUCCUGCAGGAGGAAAAGGUGUCCCUGCUGGAGGAGAGAGACGUCCUGCGAGACCAGGAGAGGGAUCGCUGCACCGAGAGGGACCGCCAGAAGACGGCCGUGAGGAGGGAACAGGCGGAGCUCCGCUCCUGCAGGAAGGAGUUAGAGCAGAUGCAGAAUGAGUGCCAGCGGCUGAGGGUGGAGCUGAAGGAUUGUAGCUCCGCCAACAAGGGCCUGCUGAAGAGGAAAGACAUCCUCAGAAGGCUCCUGGCCGCGGCGCCGGAGAAGCGCUGCCUGCAGACGGCUCGGGUGGCCCGGCUGAGGGCGGAGCUCCAGAGGGAGAGCAGGGAGUGGGGGCGGCUGGAGGCCGCCAGGGAGGAAGGAGUCGUCCUCGUCGGCCACAUCCUGAUGGACUCAAAGUCUGACGCGUCUGAGAUAGAGCAGAAGAUGCUGAGGCUGCUGGACAUCCUGGAGAGCUCCGCGCCCCCCAAGGGGACCAGGCUCCACCACAAACCACUCCCCCGACGAGGACGGAAGAGGACGGAAGAGGAAGAGAAAUACGCCUUGAAAUCAGGAUCCAAGGUCACUGCCAAGUCCACUAAAUAGACAGGAUUCUGCUCGAGUGAGACUGGUGCCGGGAAAUGCUGAAGACACAAAAGUAAUUUAAAGCACAAUAAAAUAAUCUAAAUUCUAAAUAAUGGUUUAACAUGUUCAGUACGCUGUGAACCGACGCUGUGAACCGACGCUGAUAACGACUAAAAGGAUAUCAGAGAAACAGUACAAUAACAACAUAGGAAAAUGCUUUUUAAAGUUCUCCUAAUAGCCACUAGGUGCUUUAUCCAAGGAGGAGCAGCUCGUAUGUUGGUUCUCUGGGCCAUUUGGAAGAAGUCUCAGAUGCUUUACUGAGGUAAAAGUACUGAUACUGCACAGUGAAUGUCUCCCACAGUCCAAAUAUGGUCACUUCCUGUUCACUGGUUGCAAAAAACAAGAUAGCAAUGGGCUCAAUGCCGAACUCAAGGCUUCAAUAACGCAGUUCACAAACCAGUGGAUGACGUGCUCUUCUUAUAAAUAGUAUAUUGGGUAAACUGUUACAUGUGGACAUUAAGGAAUCUAUAGCCAACAGCUCAUUUGUAUUAGUUUAAAGCACAUGGAUACGUCUCUAUGAUCCCAAUCUGACAGCUGCAUGUUAACUUCAGGCUUUCAUCUGAAUCUCUUUGUCUUGCUGAGGGUUCAGAUGGAAGGAUUUAGUGCAGGGGUGACAAAACUUUUUUCUCUAACCCUCUAAUGUAUAUCCACACAUUAUCAUCAGGGCCGGGGCCGGGUCAGCUAUAUAACAUAGAAUUGUAUGACCCAGACCAAUUUGACCACCAGCAGGCCUCAUUGUGUAGUAGAGAUUAUUAGCCUGGCACAGCCAUCCCCACUACUACAGGUGAAACUCGAAAAAUUUGAAUAUCGUGCAAAAGUUCAUUUAUUUCAUUAAUUCGACUUAAAAGGUGACACUAAUAUAUUACAUAGUGAGAUAUUUCAAGUUUUUUUUAAUAUAAUUUUGAUGAUUGUGGCUUGAAAAGCCCAAAUUCAAAAUCUUGGAAAAUUUGAAUAUUGUGAAAAGGUUCAGUAUUGUAGGGUCAAAGUGUCACACUCCAAUCAGCUAAUUAAUCCAAAACACCUGCAACGGGUUCCUGAGCCUUUAAAUGGUCUCUCAGUCAUGGGGAAGACUGCUGACCUGACAGUUGUGCAGAAAACCAUCAUUGACACCCUCCACAAGGAGGAAAAGCCUCAAAAGGUAAUUGCAAAAGAAGUUGGAUGUUCUCAAAGUGCUGUAUCGAAGCACAUUAAUAGAAAGUUAAGUGGAAGGGAAAAGUGUGGAAGUAAAAGGUGCACAAGCAGCAGGGAUGACCGUAGCCUGGAGAGGAUUGUCAGGAAAAGGCCAUUCAAAUGUGUGGGGGAGCUUCACAAGGAGUGGACUGAGGCUGGAGUUACUGCACCAAGAGCCACCAUACACAGACGGGUCCUGGACAUGGGCUUCAAAUGUCGUAUUCCUCUUGUCAAGCCGCUCCUGAACAACAAACAACGUCAGAAGGGUCUUACCUGGGCUAAAGAAAAAAAGAACUGUUGCUCAGUGGUCCAAAGUCCUCUUUUCUGAUGAGAGCAAAUUUUGCAUCUCACCAGAGUCUGGAGGAAGAAUGGAGAGGCACACAAUCCAAGAUGCUGGAAGUCCAGUGUGAAGUUUCUACAGUCUGUGUUGGUUUGGAGAGCCAUGUGAUCGGCUGUUGUUGGUCCACUGUGCUUUAUUAAGUCCAGAGUCAACGCAGCAGUCUACCAGGACAUUUUAGAGCACUUCAUGCUUCCUUCAGCAGACAAGCUCUAUGGAGAUGCUGACUUCAUUUUCCAGCAGGUCUUGGCACCUGCCCACACUGCCAAAAGUACCAAAACCUGGUUCAAUGACCAUGGUAUUACUGUGCUUGAUUGGCCAGCAAACUCACCUGACCUGAACCCCAUAGAGAAUCUAUGGGGCAUUGCCAAGAGAAAGAUGAGAGACAUGAGACCAAACAAUGCAGAAGAGCUGAAGGCCGCUAUGAUGGCAUCCAUGCCACGCCGCAUUGAGGCAGUAAUUAAUGCAAAAGGGGCCCAAACCAAGUACUGAGUACAUAUGCAUUCUAAAAUUAUUCUAAUUUUUCGAGUUUCACCUGUAUAUCCACACUUGAUUCCUGGCACAUAUUUGUUUGUCUUUACUUGUGGUUUGCAAAAGUAGUAGUCGAGUCUUCACACUUUGUUUUAAUUUGAAAUAUCACAGAUAUUCUAUUUAUUAUAU